CGCUCGCUCCCUCGCUGAGCAGCGAAAGGGCGCGCACAGGCCAUGCCUCCCACCGCGCGCAAGCGUGUCAAGCACGCGUCCACGUCGAGCGCCGCAGUGCCGUCGCUUGUCGACGCCGUCGCUCGCCUUCGGGCCCAACUCGCCUACGUCGACCAGCUCUCGUCUGCCGACUCGCCGGCCGAGCUCGAUCGGGAGCUCAACACCCUCGCCGACCGCCUGCGCACCUACGAGGCGGCCGCAGGGGCGGGCGGCGACGUCGACCGAGUCGCCGUCGCUGGGUGGAGCGACGAGCUCGACCACAAGGGCACGCAGCUGUGGAACCGGUCGACCGCCCUCAAGCAUGCACACCUCGCCAACGAGCACGUCGACCCGGCCUGGCUCGCCGUCGUCGCCGACUUGCGCCUGGUCGCCUACCGCCUCAUCCGCCUCGGCGCCAUCGAGCCCAUAUCCUCGUCCGACCGUCUCUCGCACCUCUCGCUCGCGACCAAGGCCGCCGCCGCAUCGCUCGCCGCUCGGCGCCUGUCGAGCGCCGAGGCCGCCAUGACCGAGUGCGCCAAGCUCGUCGCGGCCGUCGAGCAGGACCCGACUCGCUCGAGCGACGGCGUCAAGCCGCUCGUCGACUACUACUGCUUCCGCAUGCGCUUCUCGCUCGCGACCAACAAGAUUUCGCUCGUCUCGUGGGCCGUUAGCAAGGCGCAGGCGUUGCUCAAGGCCUCGUCGGUCCAGUCGCGCGACGUCAGUCGUCCUUCGAGCUUGCGCCUUCUUCUCCUUCAGCCUGCUGAACCUGUCAGCGAGCAGAUCGAGCACCUCGGGCACACCCUCCUCGAGGUCGCAUCGGCGCUCCUGCAGCCCUCGGCGAGUACCGCCUUGGACGGCGACCUCGGGAGCGAGCUGGCGAGGGAGUGGCUGCAGUGGGCGAUCGAGCUGUUCGAGGCGGUGGAGGGGCAGGACGUCCGGGUCAUGCAGAUCUGCGCGCUUCGCCUUUUCGCCCAAGCAUGCCUCGCGGCCAAGGACGACGGCGAGUUGGCCGCAAAGGCCGAGGCGGCUCUGCAGCAGGUCCUUGAACUCGACCCGUCGGCGGCGCUGCAUCGUCGCGUCGUCAAGCUCGUCAUCGCUCGAGGCGGCAGCGACGAGGAGAUCUCUGCGGCGUUCCUCGCGGCGGCAAAGGCGUCGGCGCUCGAGAGCAAGGGCGGCAUGCAUCUUCUGGCGGUCCUCGAGCAGCUUCCCUCCCCCAGGAAAGGCCUGCGGCUGCAGCUUCUCACGACGACCGUCUCCGAGCUUGCGACCUGGGGCAUCGUCCAGUGCGACUUCCUCGGGCAGGUCGUCGUGGCAGCCGUCUCGCUCGCGAGCGAUGCCGAGAGGAGCGUGCUCACGCAGCUCCUCCUCACGGUCGCACAAGGCCUCCCGACGUUCCGCCUGUCGCCCGCCGACGCGCUCACCUGUGUCUCGAUCCUCCGUCGCUCCGGCGACAAGGCCUCGGUCGACAAGCGCUACGCCGAUGCCGCCGACAGCUUCCUCCUCGCGACAUCGACCGUCUUUCGCUCCCAUCCCUUCUCUUCGACGGCCAAGUCGAUUCGCAAGGCCGCCCUCUGCUACCUCGAAGCAGGCGAGCACGAGCGGGUCGAGACGACGAUGCAGCUCAUCCCGUCGGGCGAGGAGGAGGCAAAGGACCACUUCGUCCGCUUCUGCGCCCGCCUGAGCAACAUCGCCAAGGCUCUCGCGACUCUCAAGGUCAUGGUCGUCGCGCCCGGCUUCGCGCCCAAGUACCUCCAGUGGGCCUACAAGCUCGCCGCCGAACGCGACCUCAAGGACCUGUCGGUCGCCAUCACCGAGCUCCUGUACGACAUUUGCCAUGCACCUGAGCUCGCGGCCCAGCUCGACUACAUGGUCUUGACGAGGAGCGUCAUUCGUCAGCAAGUCGUUCGUCUGCAAGACAAGGAUGUCUCGGACCAGCUCAAGGACGAGGUGGCGCAAAGCGCUCUCAAGCAGCUCGAGUCCGGCGAGUCUCGCCAGAAUGGACAUCCUUCUCUGCAUGACCUGACGACGUCCUCCACCGACAGGUCUGCUCCUCGCUCGCCGCCUCAAGGACUCGGCCAACCCGCCGGGCUCGCUCGUCAAGGAGGUCGUCUGGCUCUACAAGACGGCCUACAACCUCUGCACCGAGUUCUGCGCCCGCUGGACCGCCUCGACCUCGUCGGGCUUCUUCGCCGUCACGGUCGCCCUCAUCGAGCUCGCCAUCGAGGUCGGCGGCGACGUCAUCGACAUCGACAAGCUGUGGACGUGCAAGACGGCCGUCAUCGCCGGCGAGUACGCCCUCGCCAAGGACGUCGGCGGGCAGGACCAAAGAAGGCGUACCAGAUCGUCCUCAAGCACGUCGACGCGUUCAGCAAGUCGCUCAAGAUCGCGCUCGCCUCGUCGCCGCAACUUGGGAAGGCCGAUCAUCUGCUCGAAGCCGUCUACGCCGUCAAGGUCGAUGCGCUCGCGCAGCUCGAGGACUGGAAGGCGCUCGUCAAGUUCGUCGAGGUUUUCGAGGCGGAUGCCUCGACUGCGCCGCUCGGCGUCGUCAAGCUCGUCGUCGACAUCGUCACCAAGAGCUCAACCUGCUCGCUCGACAUCAUCCGCAGCAUCCUGCGCAAGACGCUCGCCCUUCUCUACAGCCGGCAGGACCUCGACGUUUCAUCGAUGGCGCUUUGGCUGCGCAUGCUCGUCUACGAGCUCGUCGCGCGUCGCGACCUCGACCAGGCGCUCGAGUACGUCCAGAACGCGCAGCAGCUCAUCGAACGGCACAAGCGCGAGUACCCCGAGGACGAGGCGAGCUGGAUGCUCUCGACGGCAUGGGACGAAGGCCUGAACGCCUUUGCCGCCUCGAACCCGCUCUCGGGCCUCGACUGGUGCACGAUCUCGCUCGACAUCGCUCGUGCGGUCGAGAGCCCGCUCGCUGCGACGAUCGAGCAGCAGAUCGACGAGCUCAAGGUGCGGUACGUCGUCAAGGAGGAGCAGGACGAGGGGGGCUCGUGGGCGUGA